GACCAGCAACAGAACUUUUAUUAAACAUCAGGUUAUGUUUUGAAGGACUCGUACGUAUGUAGUGAUAUGUUAAUUGUAAAAUACCAAUCUGUUGAGCGGUUAUGACAUUCGCAAAUUGAGCGUUUAAUACUUUGCUUAACUUCGCUUAUCUUUCGUAAAUUCAACUUCGGUGAUACAAGUAGAUAUGAUCCUUAGAGGAAGAAAAAAAGUGACCAAGUGUCUCUGAUUACUUGGAAGGCGGAACCCAACAAGAAAUAGCUGAUAGUGGACGAUUUUGCAGGGAAGGGUUUAUGUUUCGGACCGAACAUGGCUACGUUCGGCGGCCGUGCUGUUCGCGCUGAUACUUCUGAUAGACAAACGAAGUCUAAUUUUAUAUCUCCACAAAAAAUUAGAGAACUUCUCAACGAGGGCGUGGUUUCCGAGCACAGCGGAUCAAACAGUGUGCAGGGGGAUUCAAAUUUAGCUUCAUCAAAUGGCUUUGGUAAAUCACCAUGUGAAGCAACCAAUAAAGAUGCGUUUUUCUCAAGAGUAGGAUCAUACACAUGUCUGAAAUGGGCUGGCAAACCCCGUACCCUCUCCCCUCUCCAAUGCGCCAAGUAUGGCUGGAUUAAUGUGGACUGUGACAUGCUCAAGUGCUCUACCUGCCAGGCCUUCCUCUGUGCCUCCAUCCAGUUAGCUUUGGACUACCAAAAAUAUGAAGAACGCAUAUCUGAGAUUACCAGACAGUUGCAGACUCGACAUGAGAAGUAUUGUUCUUGGCCUGACUGUCCAUGCCCAAACAGGUUUUGGAUGAUUCCGGUGAGCGAGCCAGUGGAGUUGCUUAAUACCUUCCUGGAGCGUUUUCAGAGUGCUCUGGUCUUGGAGCAGCAGCUCCCUGCUAUGAAGCCACAGCAGCUACAGGCCAUGUCUCUGACGGAAGACGCCAUCAGUGCGCUGCUGCAGCUGAUCGAGGACGAGCAGAAAAAGAAGCGGGGCGGGUCCCCGGCCAUCAACUCACCUCUGCUGAUGACCUCCGAGCCGUUGUCAGUACAGGUGGCAGCCUGCAUCGUGGCCCUCUGUGGAUGGGCAGCGAGUCCAGCACAGCUGGCCCUGAACCUCCCCAUCCUCACCUGCUCCUACUGCAUGCGCAAGGUCGGCCUGUGGAACUUCCACCAGAUGGAGAACGCAGCCGGGAGUGAGGGGGACGCUUCUAGCGUGGCCGCGUCCCCACCCACGACCCCCAGGCCUGGGCAGGAGGCCACCGGGGACGGCUUCGCUCACACCCCUUCCCCCUCCCCUACUCUCUCCCGAAUGAAACUCCGCAGUCAAGACUCCUCACGCUCUGAAUCGGUGGAGGGCAUCGUGGCCCCUCUGGCCGUGCGCACCCGCAGCAGGGACUCCCCGAGCCCCAGCGAGGAGCUGCCCGGUCCCCUGGGCCGGGCCAAGAGGCCCAUGACCCGCAGCCGAGGAGGCCAGUGUGAGGUGCCCUCAAGCCCCCAGCAGAAGAACAAGCGCCCACGCCUCUCCUCUGCCAGCAGCCCGGAGGGCCCCAUGAACAGGAACGCGUUUGAUCCCAUCGCUCAACACAGGGACUGGUGCCCAUGGGUGAGCACCAGCGAGGAGGAGGAGCUGCCCCCCAAGAAGGACUCCCUGCCCGAGGGGUCCGAGGCGGAGAGGCCUCAGCCCGGCUGGAAGGCGGCUCUCACCCUGUUUCUCUCCAUGAAGCACAACCUGACCCCGGUGGGAGCCAGCCCCUCACAGGGUGCCCAAGACAAGUCAAAACGGGUGUUUACAAUAUUCCGCCAGUGGCAGGCCUAUUCCACAUAAGAGCUCUGGGCAGAUGUGGAUGGAUCAUAGAUUUGGAUUGAUUUUAUACGGUGUGCUGUUCCCUGAAGACUGACAUUGUUUCUACAUGCGUGUGGCCCCCUGAUGUACUAAGUCUUGUUUACAGUGAUGGAAGGCAGAGAGAUGCCAUGCAUUAGAGGAGCGUUGGAAAUUUGGGUGGGGAAUUUUCCACGAUUGAAUAUUCAUGGAUGUCUUCUCGAGGUUCCUCUGAUUGUUGUCAUUGUUGGAGGGCUAGGAAUCCUGACAUGAGCAACACAACUGUGGGGGAUAUCUGCUGCCAUCCAGCGUGUGUGUGUGUGUGUGUGUGUGUGAGAGAGUGUGCAAGUGUGAUGACGAUACACUCAAAACCACAGCAUAUCUAUCAUAUUGACAGUACAUAUGAGCCAGAGCCCUCAGACUUCACCUUGGUUUCCUCUCUCUUGUACUGUGUCUACACAGAAACACACACGCGCACACACACAUAAGGGAUCGUGAUUUCAUUAACUAUAACUACAACAAUAAGAUGGUGAAAAGUCAAUAGGCUACACUGGAAGUAAUGAACAAACAAAGGUCCUGUUUCUGGAGGUGCCGAAAGUAUUUCAAGCCUAAGAGGGGACGCUAACAAUGACUUGUGUUCAACCCUAAGCUGUGAGGAAGCUUUUUUUUUUAAAAAUAUGUACUUUUUUUUUUUUUUUUUUUUCUUGACGUGUGAAUUAACUGGAGUAGGCAUGGAUUUGGCUCUUCACUCAUGGAUUAGACUUUUAAGUGGUUGGGUUGGGUUAGGCAAAACUGUCUUUUUGGAAACGUAUGUAAAUGUCUGCCCUCUUUGUGUCUAGAACGCUAAUGAUCGGGGUGUUUUUUUUCUUAAGUAGACCUGUGUGGGGAAGACUAUAACGUGCCAUAGAAACAGAAUGUUGUAUGAGGGAGAACACUUGCUUAUUUUGUUCUUUCUGUCAGUGCUCUUUUUCUAGCUGAUUCUGACCCGCUAUCUUGCAUGCACUUUUAGUCUUAAUGAUCUUUCAAGGGCAUUUAAUAAAUGCGACCGUCUGCCUUUUUUCUAAA